CUUGAAGGUCUUUUCCAACCAAGAUGAUUUUAUGAUUCUAUAUAUUGCAUAUUAUCUUUUCUUGCUUAAAUAAGAUUUGCCAUUUUUUCAGAUGAAAUUUUCUCAGUUGCCACCAUAAUUUCAGGUUUAUUCCAGAGCUGUACCCAUUGGGUAUUAGUACUUUCUUUGCCACCCCUUUCUUUUUAGGUCCCAUGCUUUCCUGAGGUGUUUGCACUACCAGCUGAAGCUCAUGAUUGUCACCCCAGCAAACAAUCUGAGUGCUGUAUUACCGACCUCGAAGCACAUCUCAAGCCUUUUAGUCAGUUAAGUGAUUUUUUUUCAUAAUAUCUUUGCAAAAUAUUGAACUUAGUGUAGCUACUUUUUAAAAUAUUAUGAAAUCUCUUUGUUAGUCUUUUAAGAAUUUGCAGAAUUUAAAUCCUUAUGAAAUUUCUGAAAUGAAAUUCAUUAAUUUCUGUUAUGAGAGCUUCUGGUUAAUAUUUGAAGCUCUACAGAUCUAUAGAGUUACACUGAUAUAUGCACAGUAUUGCAGGCAUUCUGCCAAGGGAAUCAGACAAGACAACUCAAGGAAUUUAAGUCUAUGGCUAAUUAGACCAUUGUUAUUUUUAAAGGUGCAGAAUUGCAUCUACAUUAGAAAAUACUGAUGUGCUGAUAUUGCUUGAUAGUCCUUUAACAGUAAAAUACUAAAUAUAACUUGCAAAGGUGAAAAAGAUGUUUUUACUAUUUUUUGCUUAUGAUGUAUAAAACUUCUUGAUAGGGUGUUUUUAUGAGACUACUCAUGUGGUUGAGUUUGAGAGUUUUGCAUGCUUGAAUUUUCUGGAGUGAACAGAGGACUGUUUCAGUUUUUAUUUUGCUUUGGGCUGGAAUUCUUAUGAAAAUCUGCUGGCCACUGGAUCUACACCCAUGCCCCAAGCCACGAGCUGAUGCCCUGGGCUGAGGGAUGCCCCCAGCUGCACCCUACCCCUCCCAGCUUCCCAGCUACUCUGCCAGACCAGGGACACCCGCAGCCCUGGUCAGAGAGUUCAGGUCACCUUUAGUCCUGAGCCAUGGCAGACAAACCUUCAGAAAGGUGGAUGCUUUGCGGGCCCUUAGGGACUGGAGAGCUGGUACAUGAUGGUACAUCAUGACUGUGCCAUGCAAAUGAAACCAGAUGGGAGGAUGAGUGUAUCUCAUGCAGAUCAUAAGCUGUUUUCACUUCAGUUUUCUGGAUAUGAAUAAAAACAAACCCAGGAAAACCCUUAUUGGUGUGGGGAGAAGCAGCAUGUUAGUGAAGAAUGCUGUCAACAGAGGGAGGAGAGGAGUGAAGAGAGUGGUUUGGACUUUAAAAGGAAAAUGAGCUAAGGCUUUAGUUAGUGGGGCUGCAAAGAAAGAAAUGAAGAACAAGUCUGUGGAGAGCACUAUACUUCAGGUCUUGCUCACUGACAGCUUCUGUCAAUGUCCUAAGGUGUACACAGCUGAGCUGAGGACAGGCAGCACUACAGCAUCCACUCACAGAGUCAUGAUGUUACAUCAACAGAUACUACUUGUUUUUGGAAUAUCACUAGCUGCGGAUAUAUGUGCAUCUAGAAGCUGUUAUUCAGAAGCCCAAGUCUCCAUAUAUAAUUUCUGCAACCUCACAGGUAUUCCACCUGUGCCAAAGAAUACCACGAUGCUUUUCCUAAAUUUCAACUAUAUCAGGCUAGUGACUUCAUCUUCGUUUCCACUGCUGGAGCAUUUGUUUUUGUUGGAAAUUGGAACACAACUUGUCUCUCGUGUUAACAUAGGAAAAGAAGCUUUCAGGAACCUGCCAAACCUUCAUGUCUUAGACUUAGGACAAAAUAGGAUUCUUCAGCUGGAUCUUGAUGCUUUUGUGGGCUUGACAAGUUUGACUGUACUCCGGCUGUUUUGGAACAACCUUGGAGAUUCCAUCCUGGAGGAGCGUUACUUUCAAGAUUUGAGCUCAUUAGAAGAAUUGGAUCUUUCAGGGAACCAAAUCACAAAACUUCACCCUCAUUCCUUAUUUUAUAAUCUAACAGUCUUGAAAAGUGUGAACCUGAAAUUCAAUGGCAUAUCCAACCUGUGUGAAAGCAAUCUUACCAGCUUCCAAGGAAAACAUUUUUCAUUUUUUAGCCUCAGUUCUACUAGUUUGUAUAAGACUGAUGAAACGGUCUGGGCCAAAUGCCCAAAUCCUUUCAGAAAUAUUACAUUUAACUUACUGGACAUUAGUCAGAAUGGCUGGAGCACAGAGAAAGUCCGAUAUUUCUGUACAGCCAUUAAAGGGACUCUAAUCAAUACUUUAAAUUUUAGCUUUCAUACAAUGGGCUCAGGAUUUGGAUUCGAUAACUUAAAAAAUCCAGAUGAGCAUACAUUUACAGGGCUAGAAAAAAGUGAUCUCCAUGUGCUUGAUAUUUCCAAUGGUUACAUUUUCUCUCUCAAUUCAUUAAUCUUUAAAAGCCUUGGUAAUCUGGAAUCACUAAACAUUUCCAGAAACAAGGUGAAUCAAAUCCAAAGGCAAGUGUUUUUUGGCUUGGGAAAACUAAGAACUCUCAAUCUCGCCAGUAAUCUUUUAGGUGAGUUGUAUGAUUAUUCUUUUGAGGGGCUACAUAAUGUAAUGUACAUUGAUUUGCAGCAAAACCAUAUUGGGAUAAUUGGUCAAAAAUCAUUCAGUAACUUAGUAAAUCUGAAAACAAUUGAUCUCAGAGACAACGCCAUUAAAAAACUCCCUUCCUUUCCACAUCUGACAUAUGCCUUUUUAAACGACAAUAAGUUAAUGUCUGUAGCUGACACAGCAAUAGCUGCAACAUAUCUUGUAUUAGAGAGAAAUUGGUUGGCAGAUCUGGGUGACCUGUAUAAUCUUUUCCAAGUUCCAGGUGUUCAGUAUAUCUUCUUAAAACAGAAUCGCUUCUCUUAUUGUGAGAAAAGUGUUACUGUUAUAGAAAAUAAUCAGUUAAUUUUUAUGGAUCUAGGAGAAAACAUGUUACAGCUUGUGUGGGAGAGAGGUAUAUGUUUGGAUGUGUUCAGGCCACUGUCCAAACUCCAGUAUCUACAUCUGAACAACAACUACCUUAGUGCUCUUCCACAGGGAAUUUUUAGAGGCCUAAUAUCUCUAACAGGACUUAAUCUGGCUUCUAACUUCUUGUCUCAUCUCUCUCCUGGGAUUUUUCCACAAAGCCUAAGAUACCUAAACUUGUCUAGAAACCAGCUUUUUUCCCCUGAGCCUGAAGUCUUUAUGUCUUUGAGUAUUCUGGAUAUAUCACAUAACAACUAUGUCUGUGAUUGUACUUUAAUGAACCUAAUAGUGUGGCUAAAUGAAACCAAUGUAACUCUAGAUGGCUCACAGUCUGACAGGUACUGUGUACACCCACCUACCUUGGAAGGGGUACCACUGUCAUUUCUGAUAUACGAUGAUUGCAAUGAAGAUGAACUCCAGCAGACACUCAGAUUCUCAGUAUUCAUCUUCACGUCCAUCACCCUUCUAAUGUUUUUAAUGGCAGCCAUCAUUUUUACUCGCUGUCGGGGGAUUUGUUUUGUCUGGUAUAAAACUAUCACCAAAAAAAUGAUAGACAGCCAUCCACGAGCAGCAGACACAAGUGAAUACAAGUAUGAUGCAUAUUUGUGCUACAGCAAAAAUGAUUUUGAAUGGGUCCAGAAUUCUUUGCUAAAGCACCUGGAUUCACAGUAUUUUGAUAAAAACAGAUUUACCUUGUGCUUUGAGGAACGAGAUUUCUUGCCUGGGGAAGAACAUAUCAACAAUAUUCGUGAUGCCAUUUGGAACAGCAGAAAAACAAUUUGCAUUGUGACCAGACAGUUUCUCAAAGAUGGGUGGUGUGUGGAAGCCUUUAAUUUUGCCCAGAGCAGGUACUUCAGUGAUCUGAAAGAUGUCCUCAUUAUGGUAGUAGUUGGAUCACUUUCUCAGUAUCAACUAAUGAAGCACAAACCAAUUCGUAUCUAUUUACAGAGGAGUCAAUAUCUGCGAUGGCCUGAAGAUUAUCAAGAUAUAGAAUGGUUUUUAAAUAACCUUUCAUGCCAAAUUCUGAAGGAAAAAAAAGUGCAAAAGAAAGCCGAUGGUAUAGAGCUGCAGACUGUAGCGACACUCUCACAUUGACAGUGCAUGGGUUGCUGGCUUUCCAGAUACCCUCUUUCUAGCUGUGCCACGGCAGGAAGAAACAGAAGCUUUGCUUCAUUCUUCCAUGAAGAAGCAGGUAGUUUUAAUCCUACUAAACAAAGAAACAACUUGAAAGCAACCAGCAAAUACAAGGAAGUGCAAUUAUUGUAUGGACUAUGGCACCCAUUUUCAGAAGAAUCACAAAUGCCUCAUGUUUCUCACAUUUUGGAUGCUUAGUUUCAAACAAUUUAAUACUAUUUACAGAGUGCUACAUACUUACAGGUCUCUGUUUCAUUGAGAGGAGGAAGGGAAAAAGCCCAUACUUUUUUUUUUUUUUUUUUUUUUUUCCCCUAAAAAAAGUCCAUUGUACUGUAUAUGACCCGCAUAUGUUUUCAUGUAUAGCCUAAUGUGAUCAUUGGUUUGUUGAUUACUUGCUCCUGUGCUUUCUGAACUCUGUAAGUUUUCAUGCCCUGUUUCAAAGUAGCAUUAGUGCUUUACACCUUUAUGCUUUAAAUUGGUGUUACACAGAUCUUAUUUGUUCUCUAUUAAAUUACCCACAUCUUCUCAACUGCAAUGUCCAACUUCUGAAUUUCAUUCAUCCCCUUCCCCUCCACAACUUCUCUGUUUCAUGGUGAAACUACAAUCACUGGACUACUUCAUUUGCUGCUAUUUCAGUCUGGCACUUUCUCAGUUGAGCUGCCUCCAGCCCUGCAGAGGGAAAUGAGCAUCCCCUUCAGAUCCGAAGCAAGCCUGGAAAACCAAACAAACCCUCUUGAAAAACAAACAAGAAACUACCUCAGCAGCCACAGGGGCUGUACAUCAGUGAUAUGGCCAAUAGCACAGUAUCUGCUAGGUAGAUUUCACAUUCUGUGGGUGGAAAAUGAAAAUAACUUUUGUGUGUCGUUUGGGUUUUUCUCUGUACAUCCUGUGUCCUGAUUCUAAGAUUUUAUUUUCAAUAGAACUUGAAAUAUUUUUUUCUGCAAUCAUAAUUGUCUAUUUACUCUCUAAAUAUUUUAUCACUGUUUUGCUCAUCUGUGUAUCUUCAGGGGGUUGCUUAGGGUCAUUUUAAUAAAAGUCUGAGCUGUCAGUAA